CAGGAGACGUGGAGUGGAAUAGAGCACUGACGCUCCCAGACAGUGUUUCCGGGCCGAAAGAAGAAGAAGAAGAAGAAGAAGAAGAAAAAGAAGGGGGCGGAGAAGGAGUAGGAGUGGAGGGGGGGGGUUACGUUUUGUGGGUUGCAGCGGCAUCCUCGGUCUUGUCUGCAAAACUUUGAAGCGUAGAGUCGGCUUGUAUGAGGAGCUGGACAAGACGGGAAUGGACAAGCACAAAGUGCUGGACCAGCUCCUUAUGGAGCUCCACCAAUUCCUGCUCAUCCUGGACAAAGAGACACUGAGUGGGAAUGCUACCGUCCGGAAGGGUUUGCUCUCGGAUCUCCUGCAGUCUUACAGCGCAUCCAACGGUACAAGCGCCGACGAGGAGUACAUCUACAUGAAUAAAGUGGUCGUAGGAGGGAAGGAAAAGCAGGAAAAAGAUGACAGAAUCGAUGACCUGGCCAAUGGAAAAGCUAGCAAACAUGCACCGGUCCCGCAGAAGAGCCUCCCAAACCUGCCACCCCCAAGAACAGUCGCCCUGACUCGGGAGCCUUUUCCACUUCCUGUCGUUCCGGCACAGAACAGCUUGGACACAUCGGAGAGUUACUACGAGGAAGCUCAGCCUUAUGAGGAAACCAUCAAUGACAUGGCUGGCCUCUUCUUGAGGCGCCAGUUGCGAGUGCGGACCCCCGACAGCAAUGUCUAUGCUGUCAUAACCAGGGAGGACGGCGAGGCGGUCAGCAGCUCAUACGAGUCCUACGACGAGGAGGAAGUGACGAGGGGCAAGUCGGCGCAGCACCAGUGGCCGUCCACCGAGGCGUCCAUCGAACUGAUGAAGGACGCUCGCAUCUGCGCUUUCCUGUGGAGGAAGAAGUGGCUGGGCCAGUGGGCCAAGCAGCUGUGUGUCAUCAGAGAGCAUCGCUUACUGUGCUACAAGAGCUCAAAGGAACAGACGCCAUUGCUGGACGUGAGUCUGCUGGGCUGCAGCGUCACCUACAAGGAGAAGCAGCUCAAGAGGAAGGAGCACAAGCUGAAGAUCGUGCCCGUCGGAGGGGAGGCCAUCGUGCUGGGGCUGCAGAGCAAGGAACAGACGGAGCAGUGGCUCAGGGUCAUCCAGGAGAUCAGCCCCAAGCCGACAGAGAACGGCGAUGUGCAGCAUUCGGCUUGCGACUCCCCCAGGCUCAUUUGCACUAAGGGGGACGUCGGCGAGCGAUGUUCGGUGGCUUCGGAAAGUGGCAGCAGCACUGACAGUCACGUAGAGACUCCCGAAUUCAAAGAUGUGAAGAAAAAAUACAGCACGGGUUUGAAGUUCAGCAACCUCAUGAACAUCGGAAAGAAAAAAGCAUCCUCGUUGGAGAACGCAGAGAAAUGCGUGGAUACCUCAGGCUACCUCAACGUGCUGGUGAACAGUCAGUGGCGAACCUGCUGGUGUCUCAUCAAGAACGGUCAGCUGUGGUUCUACCAGGACAGGAACAAGAGCAAAGUGAGCCAGCCCGCUGUAGCGCUAGAAGGCUGCCAGGUUUCGCCAGAUCCCAGCCCGGAACACCUGUACUCCUUCCGGAUCGACAUGGACGGCACGCAGCUUGCAACCCUGGAGGCAAAGACAUCAGCGGUUAUGGGUCACUGGCUUGGUCUUCUGCUAUCCCAAACGGGGAGCAAAACCGACCCGGAAGAACUGACCUAUGACUACGUCAACGCCGAGAGGAUCACCAGCAUCGUCAACGCAGCCAAGACGUCCUUGUACUUAAUGCAGAGACGGUACUCCGAGCCCAAUGCUUACAUCGACGCCCUGCCGUCCGCCCCGCAGAACCAGGAGGAACUGUAUGACGAUGUGGCGUCCCUAGCUGAUCCCGAGGACGCUGUGGAUGCCAGACCGCCACAGGGCGAAGAAACGAUUGGAAACUUUGAGGAAAAGUCUACUCAAGAUCAGAGAGACCCAUUGGCUACAGAUGCCGACCUUGAAAACAGAGUCUACCUAGACCUGGUCCCUGUGCGGUCUUUCUUGCAUACAGUAAGCGGGGGUAAGGAUUCCCAAACACAAGGAUCUACAGACGUCUCCGAGGAACCUUCUAGUCCCAUUAAAGAGGUCGGUUCAACAGACCCGCCCGAGCCAACACCGGUCUUGAACUCCCCCGCCAAAGCGGAGCCAGAGAGUCCCCCGACUCCCACCCAGACUCGGCCCCAAACACCACCGAAUGUCAAAACUCCGCCUCAAAGUCAGGAGCCUGCCAAGAGGACCUUCAGCUCCUCUGGGGUCCACAAAGGCCUCGCUCUACAGACCAGCGUUGGGUUCUCCCUUAGUGGUCAAACACCGCGACCUAAAGCGUACAGCACAGGUUGCCCCAGUGCCGUCGAGGGGAAGCUGGGUAAAAAUCGCACAGAAGCCGACUUGCGGCGCUACAUCGAUGAGCGCGACCGUCUGGAGAAAGAGCGCGAGGAAGUGAGAAGCAGCCUCGCCGGCCUGAAAAAGGAAAGAAGGGAAACCAAAGAGGAACUCAACGCCUGCCAAGAUCCCAAGCAGCAGGCCUCACUGGAAGCCCGUCUGAAGCAGAUGGAGGAGGCGAGUCGGGAAGCGGAGCGACGUCGCGUGGAGGUCGAGCUUCUGCUUGUGGAGGUGAAGGAAAGCCUGAAGAAGGUGGAGGCCGGGCCGUUCACACUGGGUACCACACUGGACUGCAACCUCCAGGACGCGGCUAAAACAGCGAGUACGCUUAAUGCACAAACAUCAUCACCGCCACCAUCUUCAUCAUCAACAUCCCAAGCACCCGGCAACCCCACCGGUGCCGAAGCCGGAUCUCCUGUCAAUUCAGCAUCUGCACUGAAGAACAGACCGGCUUCCAUCAUGGCCACGAAAGGCAAAGUGUUACAAAAAGCCAAAGAAUGGGAAAGGAAGUCCACCACGUAGAAAAGAAGAGAACUGAAUCGCUCCAGUUUGUGGUACGGUUUUUUCCCCUGGUACUGGUCUGGCUUGUGUUUCCACUGUAAACCAAAACAACAACAACAAUGGCGGAAACACAGCACCUGCACUACUAAAAAGUUAGUUCCCAACAUCCUGUGGGAAUCGAACCAAACUGUACGCAUUAGUAGAAACAGCACUUACUAUUAUUAAAAUUAAUACCUUUUCGAACUACUGGAAAAGAGCCCCCCCCCCCCCCCCAAAAAAAAUGGAGGGCGUUUAAAUGCAGUAGCAUUCCGGCCAGUCGACUUCUUUAUUCUUCUUCUUUGAACACUGAAAAAAGCAUCAUAAAGUUUGAAACCACUGAUGGGGCAAAGCAUUCUGGGAAUUGUAGUUGUAGCUUGGUUCGACAUACGCUGGUAGCCAAGAUGUACAUAUUAUAUUUACACCACUUAUUCAGCCUUUAUAGAUACGUUUGCUAGCUAAAGAAAAUGCACUUUUUAUUCAAAUAAAAAUGUACUGACUAAACAGGUUUCACGUUUUUUGAAUUGAUGUCAACAUAAACGUUUCAACCAAAUAAUAAAGUUUGGUUGUCGGAAACAGGAACGAGUUAUGGAUAUAAAAUGAGACAGUAAUGGACAGUAAUAAGGCAAAAUACUGUAAAGUAUUACAUGUUAUCAAUGUACUCGUCCAUGCAUGAUCGCAGUAUAUGAAACGAUAAAGGGCUUAGGUGUUGUCCCAUUGACAUACAUUGUUAGCUAGCUUAUAUUAACUCGUAUUCUGGCGUUAUAAUGCAUAGCAAAGUGAAAGAAAUAUGUAUUCAUGUUUCAUAUAAGGAUUGUAAAAGUGCAGUUCCCCUUUAAAAAUGUAAAAACUGUAGAAUUUU